AUUGUUUACACUGGUCUAGUGGGUUUGCUUACUUGCAGUGUGACAGACUACACGGCUGAUUUCAGUGGGCUAAACUGCUGACAGACAUGUGAUUUCACCUCUGUCAAGUCUGUCCUUCAGUCUGUGGUUUUGCUGUUUGUCUAGGUAUGGCCGUUGGACUACAAGGUUGAGCGCACAUGGCAGGAGAAGAACAGGCUGAGUAGGUUUUCAUGGAGUCUGGCUGUCCUUGUGUGUGACGCUGGAGUUGCAGCGUCACUACACACCAUAAAGAGGUUCUCACCAGCGAUCUGCACCAGCACGAGGUCAUGUCUUCUGAGUGCUGGGUGAAGAAGCCCUGCUAUGAAGAUCAGGCGGAGGAGACCGGACUGGAGAAGCAACAAGGGGAAGAAGCAGAGAAGGAGGACGUGGAGGUUCCCUGUGGGGACAACCAGUCUGCAGGAGGCCUGAGACAGGAGGAGCCGGGAGGAACACGGCCUUCGUCAUCUGACCAUAGUGGCGUGCAGGAAGCGAUAUCUGAAGUUAGACUAGAGCGGGUUCAGAGGGAGGAGAGGCAGACUCAGGAAAAGAGAGAGCGGUUUUCCCACAUGACUGUCAACCAGGGAAGCCGGCAUAGAGGUCCAGUAUCAGGUGCAGGCCUGGUGGAGCGUUACCUCCGGAGGUCCUUCCCCAGGGGCUUGUCGACCUGCUCCUACCCAGACAGGGACCGGCAGCAGCAGGCAGAGGAGCCCCGGGGGCCAGGGCCUUUCUACUUCUUCGGAGGAACCAAUGGGGCUGAAAUAGUGAUCAGUUACUGUGAGAGCAGAGGAUGGAAGAGGAUUUACAACAAGCACAGGGAGGAUUUCAAACUCAAGUGGUGUGAGUCCAAAUCACCAGCCAACUACCAUAACUUCAGAGAAGGUGAGCAGCUGGUGUACCAGAUUCCCAACAACAAGGUGCUCACCACUAAGAUCGGCCUCCUCAGCAGUCUGCGGCAGUAUGAGCGAGUCAGCAGCAAAGUCUACCACGGACGACGACUGAGGACUCUUAAAAUGGAGGAGUUUAUUCCCAAUACCUUCCGCAUGGAUGUGAGGGAAGAGAGGGAGGCUUUCUUUGCCCAGCAGGAAGGUGAGAGCGACAAUGAGAGUCCAUUGUGGAUCUGUAAGCCCACGGGUUCGAACCAGGGCAGAGGGAUCUUCCUGCUGAAGAACCAGGAGGACGUAAACGCCUUCAGACUGAAGCUGCAGCAGGACAGCCAGGCCGACAGGAAUAUUCUCCACCGCCAGCCUCAGGCUCGCAUUGUCCAACAUUACAUCCAGAGUCCGCUGCUCCUGAAAGGGAAGAAGUUUGAUGUGCGCUCUUACCUUCUGAUCGCCUGCACUGAACCUUACAUGGUCUUCUUUCGCCACGGAUAUGUGCGACUGACAUGCGGCCUCUACGACCCCAGAUCCAACAACCUCUCUGCCCAUCUGACCAAUCAGUACAUGCAGAAGCAGAACCCCCUGUACAGCCAGCUAAAGGAGGACACUGUGUGGUCCAUGGAGAGCUUCAACACCUACGUCAACGACAGGUUUCGGGUUGCCAAGGGUCUGCCCAGGGACUGGGUGCUGGGCGCCUUCACAAAGCGCAUGCAGCAGAUCAUGACGCAGUGUUUCUUAGCAGUCAAAUCCCAGUUAGACUGCCGACUGGGCUUCUUUGAUUUGUUUGGCUGCGACUUCAUGGUUGACGAGGACUUCAAGGUGUGGCUGUUGGAGAUGAACUGUAAUCCAGCUCUCCAUACGAACUGUGAAGUGCUGAAGGAAGUGAUACCCAGCGCGGUUGUGGAGACGCUGGAUUUAACUCUGGAGAUCUUCAACAAGUGUCGUCUCAAGCAGAGGAUUUUUCCUUUGGCCAGUCAGAGGGAUUUUGUGCUGCUUUACAACAGAGUUUUUCCACCUGAUUCAGUGCUGGCCUGCAGCAAGAACAACACAAACGGGGAAUUCAACCAGAAAAGCACCAAAAAUACUGUACUCAGAAGAUGCAUGUCAGGGACAGAGGACAAAAUUGUGCCCCCAUCACACCUUGUAAGUGGGGAAGGACGGAGUAGUUCAAAGUCUGGCCAGUGUCCCACCACAUCCAUCACCGCCUCACCUCUCCAUCAAAGCUCUCCGUCAGUGCAGGGACCUUCACAUUUACACAGCAAAAGCAUACAGACUGCUGGGAAUAAGAACCCCAGGUCUAGGGUCGAGCUCAAGCUGGGCAAAUGUAGUUUUCAUCGUCAUUCGAAAGCUGCAAAUGAUGUGAAUCACUCGAAGGCACAGCAGAAGACCAGGAUCAUCACGUCGCUGUCGUCACCAAGAAUCACCGUCUGUGGUUCUCCAGAGAUGACGACACCAUUCCCUCCUCAUGCUGGUCCUCCUGUCUGUGGGAACAAACUUGAAGAAGAGCUCAGAGAGGACACAAACUAUGUUUAUGAGAAGAAAGACGAACUGUGAUGCAUUAUUUGCAAAUAGCUGCAAUCUAAAGAGCUUUGUAUAAAAAUAAAGUCUAUCUACAACUCGGA